CAGCGCGGAUGAUACCUAUUACAAGGCUGAUCCUUAUCACUCGUUUGUGACUUCCAAUAUGUUUUUUAUCUAUUAAAUCAUUUCAAACUGCUACACUCAGAAGGCGCUGUUUUUGUUCUUGUUUUUGUGGUUAAUGGUAAUGGUCUACUAUUUUAAUGCAAUGCUUGAUAACUCCCUUUUUUCUGAAUUGCAGUGAAUUUGAGCAAUACAAAUUUAGAUCAGUUGCUUCAAGGUUCCAUGUGUCUCCCUCUGAACUCCUUUGGGAUCCAGGCUACAAAGCACCGAAGGUGCAGAGGACUCUCCAAGAAGAUACAGUAUGUUGGGUGCCUGGCUAAUUGAGCGAGAGGAUUGAGUGGAAAAAAAACCUCAAGAGUAAACACACUUAUAAUUUAAAGUUCAGUGAUUGAUUUUAACUUGUGUCUUCGCUUUUUCUCUUAUUCUUUUCUUUUAUUAUCUUCUUAUAUCAUCCAUUUACUUAUUUUGGGCACUAUCUUUCCUGAUGGGUUAAGCUCCUUAAAAUGUGUCAAGAGAAUCAAACAAAAGUCACAGAGUUCUAUCUUCUUGGUUUCCAAGGUCUAGAAAACUUCAAACCUCUAUUCUUUGCUCUUCUACUUCUAAUUUACAUUGCAAUAGUGACCGGCAACAUUCUAAUCAUCCUUCUAGUGUCCACCAAAAGUAAUCUCAAAAUUCCAAUGUUCAUCUUCCUUCAGCACUUAGCUCUUGCAGAUGUCCUCCUUGCCACGUGCGUCAUACCACUGAUGGCAGAGGUUAUAUUAAAGACAAAGAGAGAAAUGUCUGUUGACGGCUGUAUCCUGCAGCUGUACUCCUUUUUGAAUUUUGGUUUUGUGCAAUGUUUCAUCCUUGCUAUAAUGUCUUACGAUCGAUAUGUCGCUAUUUCUAAUCCCUUACAUUACAUUUUAAUUAUGGACCGCAGAAUCUGCUUCCUGUUGGCUUUGGGUUCUUGGGCAAUAACGUGGACUAUAUCUACAACUGAAAUUAUUUUAAUAGUUCAGUUUGAAUUUUGUGGCCUCAGAGACAUUGAUUACUUCUUUUGUGAUGUAGGUCCAAUUGUGAAAUUGACUACAUCGGACACAUCUAUCGUACAAUGGUUUGACCUUUCAUGCUCUGUCCUUUUCUUUUUCUGUUCUCUUUCAUUUAUCAUUGGGACAUACAUCUACAUUUUUAUUAUCAUUCUCAAGAUUUCAUCCUCCGCUGGCAGGAAAAAAUCUUUUUCUACAUGUAGUGCCCACCUGAUCUCUGUGGCUGCAUAUUAUGGGUCCAUAAUCACUAUUUAUGUGACUCCAGACGAUGAGAAGUCACCUUCCGUAAAUAAGUACAGUUCUUUGUUGUACAUUGUAGUGAACCCGUUGGUGAAUCCCACAAUAUAUAGCCUGAGAAACCAUGAGAUUAGACAAGCUCUUCAUAAAAUAGUUGAACGAUUGAGCAGAAAGGUAAUAUAGAAGAAAUAUAGGUAGUGAUGACCAGGGGAGUUACUAGACCUUGGCACCCAAGGCAUGUGCCCUUUUUUUUUACUG